GUAGCGAUUCCAAGAUAGAGACUACAAUUAGGGCUCUGAGAAUUCCCCUCCGAUCUCCCGAUCUCCCCUAAUUUCUAGCGUUUCCGUCGCGAUUUCGAUCGGCUUCGGUUCGAGGGGAAGCCCUCGGUGCUGACGAUCUCCGCCUAAGAUUGGCUGGAGGAUAUGAGAGCGUCGGAGGAACUCCUGGCCGCGAUGUCCCUCGCCGGCGCGCCGGCGGAGUCUACGGAUGAAUUUCCGGAGGGUUCAUCGUCUCGGAGCGCACUGAUCUCGUCCUCGUGGAUCGUGGGUUGCCACGGGCUCCCGUACAACCUCGCGUUGAUCGUCCCCUCGGCCCUCUUCGUCGUCUAUCUCGCCUCGAAGGCACGGAAGAGCUUUGCGAAGCUCACAUAUGGCCAUUCUUACGUCAUGAUGGCCUAUUACGCCCUCCUGUGGGUCGUCACCGUUCUCAAUCUCUCUUGGUGCCUCGUGCAGGCAUGGGAAUGUACUACUGCUAAGGAAUUAUCUUGGAACAUGUUGUCAUUGUUUACAGAAUCUGGGAUGUUGCUUUUGGAAGUUAGCUUGCUGGCCUUUCUACUCCAAGGAAAUCAUGCAGGUGGAUUGGAAGUUUUAACGCGUACUUUUGUUGUCUCAGGAGUAAUCGUCGCUGCUGAUACAUUACUGAAGGCCAUCUAUAUAUUUGGUUUUGGAGUUCCAUUAUUCGCAGACAAGAACAAAACAGCAAAUGGUGGAAGAUGGGGAUUGUGGAUUAUCCACAAGAUGUUGCUUACUGCUGUCUAUGGUUUCAUUUUCUUCAUGCACCACUCAAAGUGGAGAGAAAGGUUACCAGCAAGACCGGCAUUCUACAAAUACGUUUGUGCAAUGUUGUUGUUAAAUACAAUGUCCCUAUUUGGCUGUCUGCUUGCUGGAAAUGGAGCUGGAUUUGGGAUCUGGCUGUUCAAUCUGACAAUGAUAUGCUACCACUCUCUUUAUCUUCCACUUCUAUACAUGGUCUUCCUAGCAGAUUUUUUCCAGGAAGAAGAUUUGCGUUUGGAGAACGUGUACUACUCGGAAAUGAAAGAUGCUGGUUUCUUUGAUGACGAUUGGGAAUAAGAACAUCAGCUUAAUAGGUUAUAUGGCGACUCACUAUACCUUUGUAAAUAAAUGCAUUACAGGAUCUGUGUUUAAGAGUACAGAUUUAGCUUUUGUAUCAAUUCCAAGCGUCGUUAUUACAAUCUGAUUUUUGACACAAACAUUAGUAGAACAAUCAGCCUUGUUGUGCCUUGAUAUUGUGCUAUUCUAUGAUUCGUCCAUGAUAAGUUGCCCAGCUUGCAAUU